CGGAGUAAAAUCACAACAGAGCCGCUCGCUGCCGCGUUUCUAACCGCUCGGUUCGUGGCUCCGAGUUGUAUUCCUUUUCUUUACGGACAGCGGACAUGUCACGAAGAGUUAAAGAAGAAUACCAUCGCUUCUUUUCGGUUACCGACCCGCGAAAACACGAGAAGGGGCACACCGAAUACAAAGUGACAGCUCGGCUCGUGUCCAAGCGUCACCCGGAGGACGUGAAGGAGGUGGUGGUGUGGAAGAGGUUUUCGGAGCUGAAGAAGCUCCACGGGGAUCUGGCCUACACGCACAGGAACCUGUUCAGAAGGAUGGAGGAGUUCCCACCUUUUCCGCGGGCGCAGGUUUUCGGACGGUUUGAAGAAGCUGUGAUUGAGGAGAGGAGGACGGCAGCAGAGAACAUGCUGCUGUUUACUACCACCAUACCUGCGCUCUACAACAGCCCUCAGCUCAAGGACUUCUUCAGAGGCGGUGAAGUCACAAGACCUCUGGAUCCCUCCCCGCUGGCCUCGGCCGGGCCUCUGCCUCCUCCGCUCAUCCCCCUCCCCGAGCGGAGGGCCUCAGACUGUGAGCCUGCAGAAGAGGAGGAGGGCAGGGAGGCUCCCACCUUACCCCAAGACCUGGGCACCAACAUCAGCCUAGAGGUCGGGGAGCCGGAGGUGGCAGCCGAGGCCUACAGUGAGAUGGGAGGAUCUCCGAGGGGAGAAGAAGAGGAGGAUUUUAGCGACGCAGACGAACACGCUUCGUCUCCUGAACUAUCCCCAGUAAGACGCCACGAGUCCGAGGAGACCCAGGAGGAGUUUGAUUCACUGUUUGACUCCGUCGCGGAGGAGCACGUCCCGUCGCCAAAGGAGGAGGGACUCCCUCCGCUGUCAGAAAACGACCUGGCAGUCUUUGAUCCCUGCUUUCAACAAGACCGGUCAAAUCCCUCAUCGGACCACUCAGAACUGUUCUCGCUGCCUCCGGCCAGUCUGAACGGAAGUGAUGCGGAGUACCUGAACCAAGCAGCCAAAGAGCUGAACGCUGCCAUGGAGAAGGAGACGGAGGGAGAGUUCAGUUCGGCCAUUUGUGGAUACAGGACGGCGGUGGACUUACUGAUCACUGGAGUUCAGGGAGACCCUGAUCCGGUUCGUAAAGAGUCUGUGAUGAGGAAGACGGCUCAGUACCUGAAACACGUCGAGAUGCUGAUCCACAGGCACUCAUCCCCCCGUCACACAGCUACACACUCGCAUACACAAGACCCGUAGACACACACAUUCAGACGAAACGGCACAAAAAUAUU